UCCAACGAUGGCGUCUGCGUGCUCGCGUAGAGUUGUGAAGACUAUUCACAUCUCCUCUAUUAUUCCCAACCUAGCGGACAAUCUCACUAAACGUUUACCGCGAAUUAAAUUUAUCAAUGUUCCUGUUGGAUGCAGUGGAGAGGUCGAGAUGCUACAAGAGGCUGAAGUCUUAUUGGCUGAUCCAGAUACUGCACUAACACACCUAUCUAAACUAUCCAAACUUGAAUGGAUGCAGCUGACGUCGGCUGGAGUAGAUAAAGCUAUUCCAUAUAUUACUUCUCAGCAAAACUCCUCACUGAAGCUAACAAGAUCUGGUGGUAUCUUUGGUCCUGCCAUAGCUCAGUAGGUUAUUGGUCAAAUUGCCUCAUGGGAAAGGGAUUUCAGAAAAUUAUGGAGUUAUCAACAGAAGUGUGACUGGAAUAUGGAGUGGCGUUUUAAUGCUAAUUACCGAGUGAUGCCAAAACUGACCAUUGGUAUUCUUGGCCUAGGAGACAUUGGACAGUACAUUGCAAAGAUGUGUAAAGCUCUUGGUAUGACUGUCUGGGGUGUUGGGCGUCGUGAAAAUUCAGAGAGACAAGAUACAGUUGACCACUAUACAACCACAUCAAGAUUACCUGAAGUUCUACAGUCAUGUGACUAUAUAUGUAACCUAUUACCAAGUACACCUGCCACAAAGUAUCUUUUAUCUGGAAGAGUACUUGAGAGUGGUAAAGACAAGUGCCCAGUUUUCAUUAAUGUUGGCCGAGGAAAUGUUAUAGAUGAAAAAAGUCUUGUAUAUGCAUUAGAUCAAGGAUGGAUAUCUGGUGCUAUUUUAGAUGUCUUUGAAGUUGAGCCAUUACCAAAAGAAAGUCCUUUGUGGAAAAUGCCGCAAGUAGUUAUCACACCUCACAUGGGAGCAUUUUCAUUUCCAGAGGAGGUUGCAGAUUUGUUUGUGGAAAACCUUUUGUUGUUUGAAGCUGGGGAAAAGCUCAAGUUUGAAGUGGAUUUUGAAAAGGGAUAUUAAUUAUUGAUAAUCAUCAUCUUACUUAAUUUUUUGGGUUGUGAUUGAUUUGGAGCAUGCUAAGAUAGUGAUGGCCAAAAUCAGAUAAAAAUUGAAAGUUAAUAGCAGCUGGUUGUAGAACUCAAGGACAAGUUAGUAAUUAGACUGAGUUCCAUAGUGAGAACAAUUUAAGGGAUUAACGGGAAAUUUUUCUCAAAAUUUUAUCUAACAUUUUGCACAAAAUCUCUUAACAGAAUUAUGUGAUUGGAAGUCUAUUUUCAAAUUGAUCAAAUAUCAGACAAAUUGAAGAGACAAGAAGUCAAACACUUUGUAAACAGUAAGAAAUAAAGGAGUUACUCAUGUCACCAUAAUUGCACAGAUAAACAAAAGGAGUAGCUAGGGAAGGUGGUCUGGAUAACAAAGGCAAGAUGAACUUGAUAUAACUUGUAGGUCAACACACUUUUCUAAAUAAAGCAGUUCUUGACCCUGCUAAUACUGUCAUCAUUACAAAGAGUAAUUGCCGCCUGUGUGAGAAAAAUUUAAUUUUGCAGCAGGGUGUGGUUUAUUCAACACCAAUUGUGGAAAAAAACUGGAGGAUUUCACUUUUUUGCAUUCCUUGAAAUGUUUUUUUUACUUUUUGGGUCCUUCUAUCAGUUAGCUGUCAAAGGUCCCAAUGUAAUUUCCCUUUUGAACAAUUCAAAAGGUGUGUAAACUUGCUGUUAGUUUUCUCAAUUAAAUCAAAAUUAUUGCAGAGCCACAAAGAAGUUUUUGAAAGAUUAAGUAAGUAAGUAAGUAAGUAGUUUUAUUUAAUGAAGGUGAUACAUGAUGGUACUAAUUAUUAACUCAUGAGCCAGUGGCCCUCAAAUAAAACUAAACAAAAUAUAUAUUAUACAAUAAAUAUAGAAAUAAAUCCAAAAAUUAUAUAUAA